AUGGAAGCUGUUCUCAUUGAUUUGAGUGGUACGUUACAUAUUGAAGAUUCAGCUGUUGAUGGCGCUGUGGAAUCUCUAAAUACUCUGCAGAAGAGCAAACUAAAACUGAAAUUUGUCACCAACACAACAAAAGAAUGCAAACGAUCUCUUCAUGAACGUCUUAUCAAACUGGGAUUUCAUAUUGACAUCAAGGAUAUUUUCACUUCACUUACUGCUGCUCGUUAUUAUGUUGAGCAACUCAAAGUCAGACCAAUGUUAUUGUUGGAGGAACAAGCAAAGGAAGAUUUUCAAGGAAUUCCUCAAGAUAAUCCUAAUGCAGUUGUGAUUGGAUUAUCACCCAAAGAUUUUCAUUAUGAACAGUUAAACCAAGCUUUUAGAUUGAUUAAAAAUGGUGCACCCCUCGUGGCAAUACACAAAGCACGAUAUUACCAAACAAAAAAUGGACUCUCCCUUGGGCCUGGGCCUUUUGUCUAUGGCUUGGAGUAUGCAUGUGAUACUAAGGCAGAUGUUGUUGGUAAACCUGAGAAAGCCUUCUUCUUGUCUUCAUUGGAAGAUUUGGGCUGUGAUCCAAGCAAAACAUACAUGAUUGGAGAUGAUGUUCAUGAUGACAUUGGAGGGGCACAGAAUGCAGGACUGAAAGGCAUCCUUGUUAAAACUGGAAAAUAUCGAGAAGGAGAUGAAGAAAAGAUAAGCCCACCACCUCAUCAAACAGUUCCUAUAAUACGUAUUCUUUUUAUAACGAAAAUGUCAGACAAAGAGAACCCAUCACCUGAAACAAAACCAUCUCCUCCAAAAAACAAAGAUCAAGAAACUGCCAGUUCAUCUUCAAAAUCUCCUGUUCAGUCACAAAAGAGUUCUCAAGGAAGUGCCAAACAUUCUUCGUCUAAAUCAUCAUCAGUUCCUGGAUCAGCUAAACUAACGUCUGCAGGGAAAAAAAGAAGUUUCAAGAAAUCAGAUAAGAAGACAGCAGAUACUGAAAAUGUUGGUUUUGAAAAAGUUCUCCCAGAUGGUUGUUUUCCAGUUGCCUUGUUGAACCAAACCCAGGAACUAUUUGGUUGUGUCAUUGAUGAAGAUGUGACUGAGGAAAAUCCAAUAAAAAUUCUUAAAAAAGAUGACAUUGUUAAUGAUCUGAAGACCAGAGCUGCUGUGUCAGAUUUUAGUCCUUUCAAACAGAAAAUAUUUGAUUAUGAAGGAGAAGAAAUCCUCAUUUUCUUUGAUUCUGACUUCCGAUAUGGAGAGAACUUUUGCAUUGCUCUGACAGAAGAGGCCAAAGAAAAGAUUCUACACCCACCAAAGGUACAUGAGGAGGUAACUCAGCAAAGUACUCAAGAAGCAGAAGGUGAAAUUGAAGUUGUUGUACCAAAGUAUGAACCACCUGUCCCUAAACCUUGGGUGCAUCUGGGAAGUGAAAUAGAAAUUAGAGAUGAAGUAGCUUUUGAAAAAAGAGGCAAAAUCAAUCUAAAAGCAAUAAGACUCCGUAGAGAUUUUGGUCAGACUUACAGUUUUACUGACCGUGGCCCUUUGGAAAAGGAUUGCUAUGUUGAAUAUUGUUUACCUAAAGAAGGCAACUUUGAUCUUCAUAGAAUGGAACUUGAUAAGUUUAUUCAGGCUAUUCCUAUAUUGAAGACCGUUGGAACACAAACGGACUGGAAACAACCAAGAAAUGCUUGUACACAGUAUAUACCUCGAACAUUUACCGAAGAAGAAAUUAUUCAAAUUGAAGAACUUCCCAAUUAUUUGGAGUUUAUGAAGAAAGUCACUCCCAGAUUUGAGCAGGCUUUGCAGCAGAAUGAAAUCAUGGAAGUCUUCUUUGAUGAUUGGCAACACUUAGGAACAAAUGUUGACAUGACUGUCAAUCAAGCUAUUAAUCAACUCAGGGAAUACCAGUCUUUCUGUGACCUGAAGUACAGCAAAGAUAAAGCUAUCACAUGUAUCCAAUGGCAUCCAACAUUUCGAGGCAUUAUUGCCUUUUCAGCAGCAGAAAAUCUGACAUUUGAUGAACGAAUUGAUUAUAGUCAUCAAAUUCUGCUUUCUCCUUCUCUGAUCUUGAUCUGGUCUUUCACUGAUCCUAUACAUCCACAGCUCCUGUUGCAAGCACCUGAAGACAUUUACUGCUUCCAGUUUAAUCCAUCUGAUCCAAACAUUGUGGCUGGGGGAUGCAUCAAUGGUCAAGUUGUUUUAUGGGACAUUUCUCAGUAUGUUAACCGACUCAAGCUACCCAAAGGGGGACAGAAGAAGAACUGCGUGUAUUUGCCUGGAUUUGAGGAUGCCUCUUAUUUUGAAACCCCAAUUGUUCGGUAUUGUGCCUUGUCCAGCAUUGAAUACAGCCAUGUUGAAUGUAUUACUGACAUAAGCUGGAUACCUGAUCAUAUUGAUAUUAACCGGCUUGGAGUCACAUUAGAAAAUAAAGAGCAAUGGUGCAAUCAACUGAUGACCUGUGCAGUUGACAACCAAAUUUUAAUUUGGGAUACGCGCAACCCAAAACUGACACACCGUGAUAGUGAGAAACCAAAGAAAACAGUUUCUAUCUUGUCAAAAGUUCCAGAUACCUACCGCCAUUUGGAUUUGACAUGGAAACCAUUGUUAAAGAUCAAUCUCAAUAAAUCAGAAGCUGGUGCAGAUUACAGUCCAACAAAAAUUUCCAUUUCAGAGAUUCAAGGAGACAGAAAUCUUUUGACCAAAAAAGAUGAGAACAAAGGAGAUGAUUAUUCAAACAAACCAGGAUCAGGAAAAGACAAAAAGGUUCUUCAGGCUGUGAAUACACGUUUAUUUGUAGGAACUGAGAUUGGUGAACUUUUAUAUGUAGAUUGGAUGCCCCAUAAAGAUUCUGACUCUGGAAAAUUAGUGACUACCAAACCAGAUUUUUGCCACACUUUUCAUGAUGGACCAAUUUGUGCCUUGAAAAGAUCUCCUUUCAAUAAACAUGUUCUACUUGUGGUUGGAGGUUGGAACUUUACUCUUUGGAAAGAAGGUGUCACAACUGGUCCUCUCUUGCAGUGCAGUUACAUGAGUCAUGUUGCUUGUGAUGGUUGCUGGUCACCAACUCGACCUAGUGUUUUCUAUAUAGCCCGUAAGGAUGGUACCAUAGAUGUGUGGGAUGUCUUGGAUAAAACUCAUGAGCCUUUCUUAUCACAGAAUAUUACUCCCUUUUGUAUUACCAGCAUUGUGCCAAUAGAAUUUUCCCAGAAACGUCAAUUAUUAGCAGUUGGUGACAAUUCGGGUACAUUACAUGUAUUGGAAGUGCCAUGGAGUUUACGAACACUCAUGAUGAAUGAGGUGGUCUCUUUUAAUCAUUACAUUGAAAGAGAAACCAAAAGGCAAGCAUUUGUGGUCAAUAGAUGGAAUUUGAGGGAACAAGAAAAACGGAAUAAAGAACUGGACAAGAAGUCUUUUAUCAAACGCCCUUCAUACCUCCUAGAAGAAGAAAGCGAACAGCAGCUACGAAUUUUGUAUGACGCAUAUUUAGAGGAGGAAGCAUCAGUGCUACGAACAUUAGGCCUGAAAACUGAAGAGACAGAUCUUCCAGAAAAAUAA